GAAGGUCCCGGUUCAUGUGAAUAUCAUAAGACUUGAAUGCGAUGAAAUGAUAGAACCGUUUCUCUACGAUUAAAAUCAUUAUUCAUGUGAGUUUGUCUGGUCUUUUUUGCGUUACUAUGUGGUCGUAAGUCAUAUAACUCGUGACAAUAAAGAAGUAAACGCCCUUAUCUCAAUUGUAUUGCUUGGCUCCUUGCUAAGAUAACUCCACUAAAGCAACCAUACCACAAACUCUCUCUCUUCCUUUAAAUGAAAAAGAAAUAGACUUUAUUGGAUUCUCAUUCUCUUCACGUUGAAACCUCCCAUUCUCUCAAUUAUUCCACAACCAAGUUUCCACUUUCUUCUUCUUACUCUCUUUCUCUGGUUACUUGCUCAAUUGGUCCUUUAAUCGUUUUACGAAGAUAUGCAUGAUUGGGCAGCACCAUUGAUAGCUUCGGCUCUAUUCGCGUUUCUAUCGCCGGGACUGAUACUGCAGUUUCCUGGGAAAGAAUCUCCGGUAGGUUUCAUGAACAUGAAGACAACGGUAGCUUCUAUUUUCGUCCACACCGUUCUUUACGGUCUCUUUCUCAUCCUCUUCCUAGUCGUUCUCAACGUCCAUGUUUAUGCUUAGCUUUAGCUCAAAAUAUUACACUCAUGUGCUAGCCUUUGUUUGUGCUAGAUGGGUUUAGUAGUAAAGCUUUGUUUUAUGACUUGUCUUACUUCUUUCUUUGUUCCUUCUUUUAAUUACUGAUCUAAAGAUAUUAAAGUU